CAGUAAGCUGUCAACUGCUCUAGUUGAAUUUGCUUUGGACAACAUUUUGAAGCAGAUCUGAUAUGCCACUUGAAUUAAUAAAAGAAGUCAAUGGAGUGCCUGAAGUUGAGCUGCUAAGUGAAUUAAACAAAGUAGAUUUCAGUUCUCUACAGCCAGGUUGUGAUUAUAGCAAGAAAUACAUCCAGGGAAAACUCUCACUUAUUUCUUCUUUAACUUAUGGUGGAAACAGAACAGCUGUUUUGAAGAUUGCCCUACAAGGAUACCAUUGCAGUAGCUGGAUUUACUGUCUUGUCAGCAUCUUCAUCUACAAGCAGAGAUGGUAAACAUUGCUUAUUUUUGAAAGCAUUUGAGGACUUCAGAUCAACUGUUUAUGUUUAUGUUAAAUCUGUAAGGGAUUUUUCUGCAGAAUCCAUGUCUUUGGUUCCAGCAACACAUUAUAUAUAUACACCCCUGAAUCAACUUAAGGGUGGUACAAUUGUCAAUGUCUAUGGUGUUGUGAAGUUCUUUAAACCUCCAUAUCUAAGCAAAGGAACCGAUUAUUGCUCAGUUGUAACAAUUGUGGACCAGACAAAUGUAAAGUUAACCUGCCUGCUCUUUAGUGGAAAUUAUGAAGCACUUCCAAUAAUUUAUAAAAAUGGAGAUAUUGUUCGCUUUCAUAGGCUGAAGAUCCAAGUAUAUAAAAAGGAGACUCAGGGUAUCACCAGCUCUGGCUUUUCAUCUUUGACAUUUGAGGGAACUUUGGGAGCUCCUAUCAUACCUCGUACCUCAAGCAAGUAUUUUAACUUCACUGCCGAGGACCACAAAAUGGUAGAAGCUUUACGUGUUUGGGCAUCUACUCAUAUUUCACCUUCUUCGACAUUAGUAAAAUUGUGUGAUGUUCAACCACUGCAGUAUUUUGACCUGACUUGUCAGCUCUUGGGCAAAGCAGAAGUGGAUGGAGCAUCAUAUCUUCUAAAGGUAUGGGAUGGCACCAGGACCCCAUUCCCAUCUUGGAGAGUAUUAAUACAAGACCUUGUACUUGAAGGAGAUUUAAGUCAUAUCCAUCGGCUGCAGAAUCUGACAGUAGACAUUUUAGUCUAUGAUAAUCAUGUUCAAGUGGCAAAGUCUCUGAAGGUUGGAAGCUUUCUUAGAAUUUAUAGCCUCCAUACGAAACUUCAGUCAGUGAAUUCGGAGAACCAGGCAACAUUGUUAGCUCUAGAGUUUCAUCUCCAUGGGGGUACCAGUUACGGCCGGGGAAUCAGAGUCUUGCCAGAAAGUAACUCUGAUGUGGAUCAACUGAAAAAGGUUUUAGAAUCUGCCGAUUUGACAGCCAAUCAGUGUUUUGAUGGUAUAUGUCAUUCAGAGCAUGAGGACAGCUUUCGGACUCUUUCAAGCUCUGGAUCAGUAUCACUAUAUGAGGUAGAAAGAUGUCAGCAACUAUCAGCUACAAUACUUACAGAUCAUCAGUAUUUGGAGAAAACCCCAAUAUGUGCUAUUUUGAAACAAAAAGCUCCUCAACAGUAUCGUAUUCGAGCAAAAUUAAGGUCAUAUAAGCCCAGAAUACUCUUUCAGUCUGUUAAACUUCAUUGUCCUAAAUGUCAUGCACUGCAAGAAGUUCCACAUGAGGGUGAUUUGGAUACAAUUUUACAAGAGGGUGCAAGUAAAACCCCAGAUAUCAAACUACAAAAUACAUCAUUUUAUGAUUCGAAAAUGUGGACCACUACAGAUCAAGGAGAACGAAAAGUUGCUGUUCAUUUUGUAAAAAAUAAUGGUAUUCUUCCACUUUCAAAUGACUGUCUGAUUUUGAUAGAAGGAGGUACACUCGGUGAAAUCUACAAACUUGCAAACAAGUUUCAUAGUGUAAUUCCUGUGAGAUCUGGCCAUGAAGACUUGGAAGUCCUUGAUCUUUCAGCACCAUUCCUUAUACAAGGAAAAAUACAUCACUAUGG